AUGUCUCGAUCCAGCGGGACGGGUUUCCUGCACCCACGUUCUUUCACUAUAUUCUUCUACAUCUUUUUCAUUUCCACUUUUUACAGCAGGACUGUUCCCGCAGCUCCAAUACUCCAAGAUAUACAUAACGAUCGAAGGGAUACAAAUAUCUCCGUAGAGUGUACUAAAAGUACUUCUUUGUCGACAGAAAGCAUAUCAAUAAUCACAAAUAUCAAAACGAUAAUCGAAACCACCUUCACCACCCAAACCGACGUUGUCACUAGAACCAUUAUCGAUGGAGUAAUCGAUGGCAGUAGUAGCAGUAUCAGUACUAGUACUGGGCUACCGGCAGAAACAACAUCGACACUGACGACCGUACAAAGCGGUAGUCCCGUUGUGUCCGAUAUUGGAACAGAACCUGGUUAUGUCUUUAGCACACCAGAGUAUACUACUAGUAGCUCUUCUUCGAGCUUAUAUAGACCGACGAUUACGAUGAUUGCAUCCCCGCCAGUUGCAGUGGUACCCACGAAUGAGCCUGAGAAAAAACCAGUACCGUCCUCCGAGGUUUUGAUAAUUACUACUUCUAUUGAGCCGAGUAUUUCUUCAGCUACCGCAUUGCCAGUAUCUACUACUUCAACUGAGUUGACUUCAACCGAGUCUACCUCAACUGAAUCUACUACAUCCAUUGAAUUAACGACAAUACCUUCAUUCACAUCUACCUCAAUCAUAACCACGUUGUCCUCAACCACCGCUUUAUCUCCUGAAGAACCAACGUCGAUGGCAUCAAACAUCAUUAUCCCUAUCGAAACCCCCCAACCAUCACUAGAUAGCGAAACAACUUCUUCCCUUCAAAACCCACCCCCCAUAGCCACAUAUAAACCCUCCCCAUCAUUAACCACCACAUUCCACACAGUUUCAACUUCAUCCAUCUCAUCCUCUCAAUCAUCAAUAGAUCCUCCAAAGACGGGUUACAUCUUGACCGGUAUCAUACUUCCACAACCAUCUGAUAUCCCGGCAGCGCAGAGUACUCGUGUACAACUCGACGGUGGUGUUUCGAUGCCCACUAUUACUAGCGGGGUGGACUUGAAUGGACCACCGGAGUUGGUGUUUAGAGGAGAUGCUGGGAGGGGUGUUAGUAUCAGUAUUGGGGUUUGGGGCAUUAGUGGGGUUGCAGCAGUGGUUUUAGGGAUGAUUGUUUAG